GAUCCAACAACUGUGUAUCUCUACGAUCUUCGACGAGUCUCAUCAAAAUCGAAUUAACUUAUUUCUUUUGCUAGCUUUAGGGGUAUAAUGGACUCUACAACUACUGUGACUGUCCCACAUGAGACAAUCAAGAGUCAACUAGUCGAACCAAGUUGCCUGCCUAAGGCUCAAUACAACCACAACUUAUUUUAUUCAAAGCUCGUGAUCAUCUUAUAAUGGAGUGGGUGGUCAUGGAAUUCAGCACAGAGCCAGAAGGCUGAAUAAAGACAGAGACGGAUGAGCAAAGAGUUUUUAAAAAUAGUUGGCCUUGGCCAUAAAGAUAAACUAAGAAAUUGUGUCAUUCAUUCAAAACAAUACUAAGGCAUAGUUAAAUUUUCGUCGAAUUUAACGAAAAUAAGAAUUGAUACAAUAUGCAACCAAAUCAAUAGUCCUGUUCUGGAAGUUUUAAAUGAUAAGAAUCUCUUGCAUGGCGUGGAGGAUAGACACAACAAUGUGAGGAUCUAAUAAGUAUACAUAUAUUUAAGAACCCUAACCAAGGCCUAACAACAAAAAUGAGUAAGUAUACCGAUACCAACAUUCGGAGUAUGAAUUAGUACCAACUACCACAUAAAGAGUUCUAUUUUAACCAAAAUUCAAAUUGAAUAGUUAUUGUCCAAUAAUCAUGACACUUUAAUGUCGAAGAUAACCGAUGCAAGAUUAACCAACAUUCCGGAUUUAGCAUGUUGUCUUUCUUAUGUUUCUAGCAAUGGAGCUCCCUUUCUUUUCUAAAGAACCUUGGUGGAGAUCUUUUAACAUCUAAGCAAAAGGAUCAGAGAGAUUGAUGAGUGAGUGACAUUUACAGCUUACCAAAGCCCAAACCGCAACAAUCCACCAACCGGCCAUCAACGUUACAUUGAAGCAAAGCUUCCGAAUCUCUCCAUCUCUCUGACUAUCAACCCUUUUCUAGUUCUUUCCCCUUUCUCUUUUCAUCCAAACAAACAAGCCAACCCAUUUGUUUUUCGUUUGGUUGUCGGCAGCAGCCUUUCCCCUCAAAACAUCCAUUCCCCAACUGUUCAUAAUCAGUCAUCAAUUCGCUCAUUCAUUCUCUGAAAUCGCUCUCACCGCCACACACUCCUGACAACACGCUCAUUUCCCAACACAAAACCACAAAAAGUUUCAAUUUUUAAUCUUUCCCUGCUUCUUCUUGCCAACAAACUUCCCCUGUUUUGCAUUCUCUGCAAAGAAUUAGUAGUGGGUUUUCACUUUUACCAGCAGUGGAGGAGAGAUCCAUGGCCAGCAAAGCUCUGCUUUGAGCUUUGACAACCCACCAGAAAGAUAAAAAUAAACGAAAAUAGAAGGGAGAGCGAGACAGUGAUCGGGCGAAUCAAAUCUAGAGAGAGAGAGAGAGAGGAGGAGGAAACUACUAUUUUCAGCUUCCUUCCCAACUUCCCAAGUCAAUCCAAGCUCUCUCUCUCUCUCUCUCUCUCUCCCUCUCACUCGAUACUGUCUUUACUCUUUUGCAUCAAACCAGAAUUUGGUUGGAAUCGGAGGAAGAGGAGGUGGAGGGGGAAGGGGGGAGAUUCAGCGCCGGCCGCAGUCAGCAGCUGAGCUGAAGCAAUGUUGGUCCAGGACCGUUUACCGACGUCGCCGCCUCCGCCCAAAUCGCCCAAAUCCAACUCGAAAUCGAAGCUGCCCACCACCGUCUUUCACCACCCAAUUUCCGGCCGCCGAUUCUCUCCAGCCAAAUCGCUCGACUUCUGCACUUGGUUCUCCGACAAUCUCUACAAGAUCGUCACAAUCGCAUUCCUCGUGGCCACGGUCGCUGCCCUCUUCUUCCUCCGCAAUGCCGGCGACACCUCAGCUUUCCUCUACCUCCAAUCAAAAUCCCACCCCAUCGAGAAAACCCUCCAUCGUCCUCACAUCGACUGGAACAACGUGCCUACCUUGAGAGAUACUUCCACUCCUUACGCCAAUUUCCGCACCGAGAAGUGGAUCGUGGUCUCCGUCUCCGAUUACCCUUCGGACUCGCUCAAGCGGCUCGUCAAGAUCAAGGGAUGGCAGGUGCUUGCUGUUGGCGAUUCCUCGACUCCAUCUGACUGGUCCUUGAAAGGUGCUGUAUUCCUGUCCUUAGAGCAGCAAGCUACUCUGGGUUUUAGGGUUGUUGAUUACUUGCCCUUUCGUUCUUAUGUGAGGAAGAGUGUUGGGUAUUUGUUCGCCAUUCAACAUGGUGCCAAGAAGAUCUUUGAUGCCGAUGAUCGUGGGGAAGUCAUAGGAGGUGAUCUAGGGAAACAUUUUGAUGUAGAUUUAGCUGGGGAAGGAGCUAGGCAUGAACCCAUUUUGCAGUACAGUCAUGAGAAUGUGAAUAGGUCUAUCGUGAAUCCAUACAUCCAUUUCGGACAGAGAUCGGUUUGGCCUAGAGGAUUGCCAUUGGAGAAUGUGGGAGAAAUUGGGCAUGAAGAGUUCUACACCGAGGUCUUCGGAGGGAAACAGUUUAUCCAGCAAGGUGUAUCCAAUGGAUUGCCUGAUGUUGAUUCAGUGUUCUAUUUCACCAGGAAAGCUGGUUUGGAAUCCUUCGACAUUAAGUUCGAUGACCAUGCCCCCAAAGUAGCAUUGCCUCAGGGGAUCAUGGUGCCUGUAAAUUCAUUCAACACGAUUUACCAUUCACCUGCAUUUUGGGGGUUGAUGCUCCCUGUGUCAGUAAGUACAAUGGCAGCUGAUAUCUUGAGAGGUUAUUGGUCCCAAAGGCUGUUGUGGGAAAUUGGUGGGUAUGUUGUGGUUUAUCCUCCCACUGUGCAUAGAGAUGAUAGGAUUGCGGGUUACCCUUUCUCGGAGGAGAAGGAUCUACAUGUCAAUGUUGGAAGAUUGAUUAAAUUUUUGGUUGCUUGGAGAUCAACCAAGCACAGAUUGUUUGAGAAGGCUGUGGAUCUGAGCUUUGCAAUGGCUGAGGAAGGAUUUUGGAGUGAGCAGGAUGUGAAGUUUACUGCUGCUUGGCUUCAAGACUUGGUUGCUGUUGGUUAUCAGCAGCCUAGGUUAAUGUCACUGGAAUUGGAUAGGCCGAGGCCUACGAUUGGUCAUGGAGAUAGGAAGGAGUUUAUUCCUCGUAAAUUGCCAUCGGUCCAUCUCGGGGUUGAGGAAACUGGAACAGUUAAUUAUGAGAUUGGCAAUCUGAUUCGAUGGAGGAAGAAUUUUGGAAAUGUUGUGCUGAUUAUGUUCUGCAGUGGACCUGUUGAGCGGACUGCUUUAGAGUGGAGAUUGCUCUAUGGACGUAUAUUCAAAACUGUGGUGAUUUUGUCCGAGCAGAAGAAUGAGGACCUUGCUGUUGAGGAAGGGCAUCUGGAUCAGAUGUACAAGCUUCUGCCCAAGUUGUUCAGCCGGUUCAGCAGUGCAGAAGGUUUUCUGUUCCUUCAGGAUGAUACCAUUCUUAAUUACUGGAAUCUGCAUCAAGCAGACAAGACUAAGCUAUGGAUCACUGACAAGGUAUCGGAUUCUUGGAGCAAUGUGGCUCCUGAUGGGGAUUGGUUGACUAAGCAAGCUGGAGUGGUGAAGAAAGUGGUUGAUUCAAUGCCAGCUCACUUCCAAGUCAACUACAAAGAAGCCGUGAAGACCGAAAAUAGCAUGGUGCUCUGUAGUUCCGAGAUAUUCUACAUUCCUCGACAGUUUGUCUCUGACUUCGUAGAUCUUGUUUCUCUGGUACGUGAUGUUGGUCCAGUGGAUGGUAUGGAGAUGCAUCAAAAGGUUGCCAUACCAAUGUUCUUUCUCUCAGUGGAUUCGCCUCAGAACUUCGACCCGAUCUUGAACACCAUGGUGUACAAGCAAACGCCUCCACCCAGCAAUUCAACUUUGUACUCUGCCCAAGCACCAGCUGUCCAUCCAUGGAGUGUAUCGUCCGAACAAGAGUUCAUAAAGCUCGUAAGAAUAAUGGCGGAAGGUGACCCUCUUCUGAUGGAGCUAGUCUGAAGAAACGGUUUCGAGGAAGACCUCCCAAUUACUCACAAAUUAACUCCACAAGUUGUAAGAGAAGAAAAUACCAAAAAAGGGAAGUGUAUUAUUACUCUUGUAACUGUUAUACGAGUAUUCUUUUGUCAAUCAUUCAAUUUUUGGUUCCUUCUUGUGAUCUUGUUGUUAGUGCAGCAGGGUGUAGGGAGUUCCCAGUUUCCCAUUUUUGUAAACUUGUCAGUCAGUUUGUAGAUUUACCCAUUGUACCAUUCUCUUUACAUUGUUAGGAACUCCCUACACAUCCUAGAGAUUGCCUUAAAGCCCAAGAAACAGUGGAAACCACA